AUGAUGAGCUUCGCGGUUCUCUCGGGUUACUGCUCAGCGAAGAUCUACAAAGUUGGAGACUCCGAGGGAUGGACUGCUAAGGACGGUGUCUACUACGCUUGGGCCGAGACCGACUAUAAGGAGUUUCACGUGGGAGAUUCUCUCGUCUUCGAAUACGAUCCCAGCAUCAACGACGUGACUCAAAAGCUUGAAGUUCUUGUCAUCCAUGACCCUUCAAGUCCAGUUCCUCCACCAACACCUAGCAAGAUCCUUCCUAUCAGAAAGACUUACAAGGUCGGAGACUCAGAAGGAUGGAAAGUCUAUGACAGUGACUUCUACAACAAGUGGAGUGAGGAGAAACAGUUUCAUGUUGGAGAUAGUCUGCUUUUCGAAUACGCCAACGAAGUCAACGACGUCUAUGAAAUCAACGGUGACUUAGAAUUCAUGACAUGCGAUCCAACGUCUCCUGUAGCUGUGCACAAGACAGGGCACGAUCUUGUUAGGUUUACGGAACCAGGAGUUCACUAUUUUAUAACUUCACACUCAGGUUCUUGUGAGGUUGGGCUUAAACUUCGAGUGGUGGUUGGACCAGUACCUAAAGCUGUUACUUACCCUAAUAACCCUAAUUUUCCCAAGAAGGUGGACUUGUCAGCUACAGAGCGCCCCAACAACUGGUUGAAAACUUUCAAACCCCAGCUCCAUCAUUAA